AUGGUAAAUCCUCCACAACCUAGAAAUCAACCUUCUUCAUCACCAAGAGUUUCUCAAUCACUGUUAUCUGCUGCAUCUAAUCCAUCAUCAUCUAAUCCAUCAUCAAAACCUUCUCCUUCAAUUUCAAAUGCUCAACUACAUAAUCAACAACAACAACCUCCAUUACUUUCGCAACUGCAUCCAUCUCAACAUUCUCACCCUCAUUUACAUCAUACAUCAACUAAUUCAUCACAAUCUUCAAAUAAUUCAAUAUCAUCGCAAUCAUCUUCAAAUUUUCAUCAUGUGCCAUCACAACAGCAACAACAGCAACAACAUUCACAUUCUCAUAGUAUAAGUCAUGGAUCAAAUCAUCCUUCACGUAAACCUUCAAUUGUUGAAUUAUUAAGUUCUCCUCCUCCUUUACCAAUUGAUCAAGACGAUUCAAUUCAUCAUCUAAGUUUAUCAAGAAAUCCUUCAAUAAGUUCAAGAACUUCUCAAGGUUCUAUAAAUCCUUUCAAUUAUCAUUUACAUCAUCAUCCUUCAAAUUCAUCUACUGGUAAUGGUGGUUCUAAUUCAGUUACUGGAUUAGAUUGGAGUGACGUUCCAUUAACUGAAAUUGUUGAAUCUAAUAAAUUAAUAAGUAUUCAUGCUUCUCAUUCUGUUCAAGCUGCAUUUGAAACUUUAGUUAAAAAUGACUUAACUAGUGUCCCAGUAUCUAUUUCAAAAGAUGAUCCAACUGAUUUAAGAAAUUGUUUAACUUUUGACUAUAGUGACUUAAAUACUUACUUAUUAUUAAUUAUGAAUAAAAUUGAUUAUAAUGAUUUAAAUCUUGAUGAAAUUGGUGAAGUAAAACUGACUUUGAAAGAAAAACAUGAUAUAGUUACUUCCAAUAUUAAUAAAGCUAAAAAAGGUGAAGAAGUACCAGUUGAAUUUAUAAUAAAAUUACAUCCAAAAAAUCCUUUUAUAAAAUUUGUUGAACAUGAUACUUUAUUUUCCGUCAUGGAAACUUUAGGAAACGGAGUUCAUAGAAUAGCUAUAACAAAUGAUGAAUCAACUAAAAUCACCGGUAUUUUGUCACAAAGAAGAUUAAUUAAAUACAUGUGGGAAAAUGCCAGAAGAUUUCCAUCAUUAGAAUUUUAUCUUUCUUCAACAUUACAAGAUUUGAAAAUUGGUUCAAAUAAUCCAUUAACGAUAUAUGAUGAUCAACCAGUUUUAGAUGCAUUAUUUAAAAUGUUCCAUGAAAAUGUUUCUUCCUUAGCAGUAAUUGAUCGAGCCAAAACUUUAAUUGGUAAUAUAUCUAUAGUUGAUGUCAGAAAUCUCACAAGUUCAAAAAAUUCUCAUUUAUUAUAUAAACCAGUAUUAAAUUUUAUAAGUUAUAAUUUAUCACAAAAGGGUAUAGAAGAAGGUCAAGAUCAAUUCCCUAUUUUCCAUGUAAAUAAUCAAAGUUCAUUAGGUAGGGUAAUUGCAAAAUUAGUUGCUACAGAAUCUCAUAGAUUAUGGGUUGUUGAUACUUCUAGAAAAGCAAGUUCAGUUAGUUCACAAGCUUCUGCUGCACCAAAUAGCGGUAUGAACCAUAAUGGAGUUACUGCUGGUUAUCCGUUACCUGCAGAUGCAAAUGUAUUGGAUAAAGCUGCAAGUGUUGAAGGAACAUUAAUGAGUAAUAAUAAUAAUAAUAAUCAUUCCAAUGGAUCAAGUGUAUCAACAAGUGGAGUCUCAUUAGCAGCAAAUGCAGUACAACAAGAACAAGGUUAUGUUGGAGGUACUGGAAAAUUAAUUGGUGUUGUUACAUUAACUGAUAUUUUAGGUUUAUUUGCAAAUUCAAAAGGUCGUAGAACCGAUCCCCAACUGGCAAGAAAUUUUAGAAGAAGAUCAUCAACAAGUACUACAAGAUCAUCAAUGGAUAGUAUUGAUACAACUACUUUACGUCAAGCAAGUAAUAGUAAUAGUAUUGUAUAA